GCGGCUUCUGGAGAGCCUCCACAGUCCACACCGACAACUGUACUCGAGUACUGUACCAGGCCCUCAACCGACGGUAAAGUUACCAGUGGGUAUUAGGAUGAUAAGGGCAAACGUCACCCCCGCGCUCCUCGCUGCUUUGUCGCUUAGUCCCAGUACCUCGACCGUGAAAUCUCACGGAGGCAGCGGGUUUGCAUCUACGUUCAAGAUUGAAACCGACAUUGGGGAUGGGAGGAAGAAGAUACUCUUUGUGAAGUUGGGCACUGGCAAGGAUGCGGAGAUUAUGUUUCGAGGUUUGCUGUUAUAGAAGUCCCAGUAUUAUAUUGAUGUUCUGUGAAUUGUGCUAAUCAGUUAUGCGCUACUAAAGGGGAGUAUGAAUCGUUAAAUGCGAUACAAGAGGCUGUACCGACCUUAUGUCCUAGGGCAUUCUCACAUGGGCCGCUUGGCGAAGGUUCGGAGCGGUUUUAUCUAGCUACAGAUUUCUUGGACCUCCUCCCCUCAGGGCCUUCUAGGGGCGAAUCUCUAGCUUCUAAGAUCGCGAGACUGCAUAGUGCGCCUGUCCCGGAGAAGUAUUCGGGGAAGUUUGGUUUCCCCACUCCUACUUGCUGUGGAUCUACGGUUCAGGAUAACACCUGGGAGGACACCUGGGCUGAUUUCUUUGGGAAACGACGCCUUAUGGUGAUCCUUGAAGAAAGCGAGCGCAAGAAUGGUCCCGAUUCAGAAUUGAGGCGGUACGUCGAGAGAACGGUGGAAACGGUUGUCCCGAGGUUAUUGGGCAACUUGAAAGACAUCAAACCUUCACUUGUACAUGGGGACCUGUGGAGCGGGAAUGCCUCUAGAGGAAUUAUUCGUGAAAUGCAGGAUGAUGGCGCAAUCGAGGAGGUGAUUUACGAUCCUUCGGUGAGCUAUUCACACAUAUAUUUGGAGCACGAUUAUCUAUAUCGAUAUUGAUCUGUGGCAUUGGCAAGGCGUGUUAUGCUCACAAUGAGUACGAAAUGGGGAUCAUGAAGAUGUUUGGUGGGUUCGGAACUGGCUUCUUCAACGAGUAUCAUAAGAUUGUUCCAAAAUCAGAGCCGGUAGAAGAGUACGGUGACCGUCUGAAGCUGUAUCAAUUGUGAGUAUAGUAGAUGCAUUUUUGCGCCUCUGUGCCCUAGUACUCAUCUCUUAGGCUCAGUAAUGCUGUGCUUUCGCUGACAUGUGACCUUGAUCUUUGCUCAGGUACCAUCAGCUGAAUCAUCAUGCCUUGUUUGCUGGGAGUUAUAGGGGCGGGGCAGUGUCUGUCAUGAGAAGUCUCCUCUCAAAAUAUGCAGGGAAAUAAGUAAAUAGGAAGUCAGCGAGAGGAGGAAAUAGGAAGUCUACUCGAGUGCGGUCCAGAUGCGGCUCCACUGCUUUAUUUCUUAGAAAUCUGUAAAACCUCUACCACG